AUGUAUGCUAAGAGUAGAGGAAAUUUAUUGCAGAAGAAAAUAUCGAAAUGCGUUCAAUUGGAAUUUGGGGAGAAUAUAUUGGAUGUUAAGUUAAAUAACGCUAUGGUUGAUCUUUGUAUUUCUGCAUCAGUGUUUCUAUUGAAAACGCAAAGUUGUCGAUCAAUAAGUAGGAAGAUUCCGCCACCUGGAAAACCACCAAUUUGCCCUCCUGCUAAAAGAGUAUUGUAUCAUGUUGUGCAUCAUCGCUGGAUGAGACCAGAUGUUGUCAAAGAAUUGUUAUGGCGUCGACAUGUUUACAACAAUGCUAUAGUGUCAUUACGUAAAUUAUUCAAAGAAGAAUCUGCUAAAAACAGUUAUGAAGAUAUGAUAGCUGAAGGAGCACGGAAAGAGAAUGAAGAAUUCGAGCAUUUAUUAGCGUUAAAUGAAGAGAGGAAUCGAAAAUCAGCAGAGAAAAGGACUAGGCGUGAGGAAGAAGAACUGGAACGAAUGGAAUCCGAGUAUUUGAAAAGUAUUGAGAAAGAGCUGGAAAGAAGAGAAACAAAUGUAAAACAAAGGAUGAAGGAAGUGCUUCAGAUGGUUGAGCGGAGCAAGCAUUUCAUAACUGAUGAAAAUCUGGAUGAGAAACUGGAGGAAGCUUUAGAUAAUCCAGUCGUUUAUGAUUAUGCGAUAGAUUUGCAAGGUAAUAGGUAUUAUGUACCAGUGCCAGAAAAAUAUAUCAAAGGUACGCCUCCUCGUCAAAAGGGGCGCAUGUACGAUAUUACUUUGGGUACUGAACAUUAUAGUAAGCUGGUGCCGUUCUCUGCUGAUUCCAGUAGGAGCACUCAAAAAGAAGACUUUAAACAAAAGCAACAGCAAAGCUAG